AUGGUUGAUGAGCAAGUUUUAGUUACCGGCGCUUCGGGAUUCAUUGCGCUUCAUGUCUUAGACGUCCUACUUUCUGAGGGAUACGACGUUAUUGGGACGGUCAGAUCUAAAGACAAGGCAGACAGAAUCGGAAAGUCUUUCAAAGAAUUAUAUCCUUAUGCAAAGCUAGAAUUUUCGAUCGUUUCUGAUAUUUCAGCACCAGGUGCUUUUGACCACGUCUUCCAAGACUAUCCAAAUAUUCAACAUGUGUUGCACACUGCGUCUCCUUUCUCGUUUGGUCUCGGCAAGAGCAUGGAAGAAAGUUAUCUUAACCCUGCUACCCAGGGGACGAAAGGCAUUUUGGAAGCGACUCUCAAAUUUGGCAAAGAGGUUAAGCAUGUAGUCGUAACAUCUUCCCAUGCUGCAAUCAUGAAUUUCGACAAAAUUGGGGACUCUAGUUUCAUCCACACUGAAGACACGUGGAAUCCUAUGCCUUGGGAGGAGGCCAAAAAUUCCGAACUUACAGCUUAUUGUGCGUCGAAAAAAUACGCCGAAAAGCUCUGUUGGGACUUUUUAGAAUCUCACAAGGACCAAGUUCAUUUUUCCUUAACUACCGUUAACCCACCUUACGUUCUGGGACCCCAAGUCUUCGACUGGGGUUUGGAGCGUGGUUCAUUAAACACUUCGGCUGAACUAGUCAAUAAGGCGCUUAAGACCACACCAGAUUUCGAAGGUCCGUUCGAUCAACCUCAGGGUUUGUCGGUUGACGUGAGGGAUGUGGCCCUGUUGCAUGUACUUCCGCUGCGCAACGAAAAAUUGGCUGGAAAGAGACUCCUUCCUGUUAGUGGAACUGGUGUGAAGGAACAUGAUUACGAAGACGGCAAAUUCAACUUCCAGAAAAUAUUAGACACCGUUAAUGCCAAUUUCCCAGAACUAAAUGGGAAGAUUUCCAAGGGGAAUUCUAAAUACAGCAAGUCCUACUUGAAGACUGCAGACUUUUUUAAUAACGACAAAACCACACAACUGACUGGCAUCGAGUUUAAAAAGUUCGAAACAAGUAUUAUAGACUCUAUUAAACAGAUCUUGGACUUCGAAAAGAAGUCAAAGAAUUGA